AUGACCAACAUACAACAAGAGCAAGUGGAGCAUUUCAAGAACAAGAUCUUGUUGACUGAACUAAAAAAGUUUGAGUAUGACAUAAAUACGUCCUCUAUACCAGUGCAAGCCCUUGUUAAGGAAGCAAUACAAUUGAAGCAUAAAAAAGUAAAAGAGUUUAUGUCUGCAUCAUCUAUAACAUCUGUUCAAGAUAUCAAACAACAAAUAAAACAAGAUGAACAAGAUCUGGUAGACAAAAGAGCAUUGGUAGAGAGUAAAGUAGUCUACUAUGUCAAGACAGUACUUAACAUUCUUGAUGUGACAUGGUCUGUUAUUGAGCAAUUCAAGUACAAAGCAGAAAAAGACAAAAACAUUCAAUUCGACAAUUAUUAUACUUCACUUGUAGAUACACUGCUUAUCAAAGUCAAGAUAUUACAUACAAGCGUUCUUAUGAACACAUAUCAAGGCCAAGAAUUUAUCACUGCAUUAGAAUCACUCAAGAAUUUAUUGGAAGACAGAUACAUGGAAGCACAAACCACAUUGGAAUAUAUAACAAAACAAUUAACAGAAUACAAUGAUAUUGGGCCUGAAUUCAAGACAUUAUCCACAGCAUAUCAUGGGUUACUCUAUAAAAUACAGGCCGCAAAGGAUGAUAUUGAGAGAAUGAAAAGAAACUAA